CAUCAUCCAGGACACAGUCACAACCCCCAAUACACCAAGCUACUCACAAAUACCCAGGUUAUUUUUUCCUUUAAAAAGGAUUUAUUUUACCAUAAAAUGUAACUCGGUUCUUUUAUUUAGGAUUUCCAAAUGUCCUAGGCUGUAUAGAUGGGACAUUUGUGAAAAUCAAGAAGCCAGCAGCCAAUGAAGCAGACUUUCUCAAUAGAAAAGGAUACCAUUCCUUGAACAUACAGGUACAUAUAGAAAUAUUUACCACUCGACUUUUUAUCUACAGGACUACUGAAAACAAUUCUUCCCAAUCUUAUUUUGUGAAAGGCAUAAAAUUUAAUGAUGCUAAUUCAUCAAUCAUAACAUGAAGUUUAACAUAUGGAAUAAGGUACACUCCCUAAAAUACGUUGAAAAUGAUACUUUCACUUAUUUGUACCUUAAUUCCUGAGAUUACACACCUCUCUUUUUGAUGUUGCACAUUUAAACUUGUAAAUAAAGAUUAGGAAUAUGAAGUAUGCAGUUUGUCAAUAUAAUCUCUAUAAACACAACAGGCAAUUUGUGAUGCCCACAUGAGGAUCACAAGUCUAAAUGCGUCAUGGCCAGGCAGUGUCCAUGAUUCACGGAUUUGGAACGCUUCAGCCUUAAAAGACCAAUUUGAAAAUGGAUUACAUGAUGGACUUCUUCUUGGAGAUUCUGGAUAUGCAUGCAGGAAGUACUUAAUGACUCCGUUUCUCCAGCCUGUAGGCAGAGGUCAAGAACGAUUUAACAGGAGCUUGUGCAGAACUAGAGUACUAAUAGAACAGACUUUUGGCGUUUUGAAAGCUAGAUUUCCAUGCUUAAGAUUCGGACUCAGGAUGACACCAGAAAUGGCAGUUUCUACUACUUCUGCUUGUGUUGUGCUUCACAACAUAGGGAUCCUCAGGUUGGAUGUAGUGGAUGUGGAGCUUGAGCAUGACAAUCAGCUCCACAUCCAAGACCAGCAAGUUCUUGCACAACCUGAUGGAAAACAUGUUCGUGAUCACAUCACAAGACAGUAUUUCAAUAAUUAACUUAAAUCUACAUUCUAAAUUAUAAAUUAAACAUUAUAAAUUAGUAAAGUGACUUAAAAACAAGAGAUCCCA